AUAUCGCCACGUGUUCCGUGCAGCCUCUUUAACACUUCUGAUAUCGCCACGUGUUUCGUGCUGCCUUCUUAUGAAAAUAUGAUUAAAUCCGAAAAAAAAAAAGGCUAGUUAAUGCCCACCUACGCCAUCUUCCCACUUUCAGAAGGGGAAAGCAGUAGAGGCAGGGGAGGAUUCUGUAAGCUCUCACUUCCCUUCUCGCCGCCGACAGCGCCAUGGAUUCCCCCUUCAAGAUGGCCAUCCUUUACCCACUCUUUUCAGCCCUAAUCCUGUUCUCCAUCCCACCGGCAUUGUCCUCUCCUUACGCUUCAUCCGGCCCCGGCCAAAUCAACUCCAACUCCAUCCUCGUUGCCCUCCUCGACUCUCACUACACCGAAAUAUCAGAGCUCAUCGAAAAAGCUCUCCUCCUCCAAACCCUAGAAGAAACAGUCGGCAGCCAUAACAUCACAGUCUUUGCGCCGCGCAACGAAGCUCUCGAGCGGGACCUCGACCCUGAGUUCAAGCGCUUCCUCCUGGAACCCGGCAACCUCAAAUCCCUCCAAACCCUAAUUCUUUUACAUUUCGUCCCCAACUUAAUUCCAUCCUCCUUCCCCUCCGCGAACCACCGCACUCUUGCCGGUGAUAAAAUCAGCCUCUCCCGCAAUCAAUCUGGCCACCACCUCGUCGAACUCGCCUCCAUCGUCCAGCCCGACGCCGUCGUCCGCCCCGAUGGCGUCAUUCACGGUAUAGAUUGUCUUCUUGUUCCCCGAUCCGUUCAACAGGACUUCAAUCGUCGGCGAAAUCUCGCCGACAUAUCCGCCGUGCUUCCGAUCGGCGCUCCGGAGGUGGAUCCGCGUACUCACCGCCUCAAAAAACUGGCCUCACCAUCCCCGGCUGGAUCUCCUCCCGCACUCCCCAUUUACGACGCCUUGGCUCCAGGCCCUGCAAUAGCACCCGCCCCUGCUCCUGGCCCUGGAUCUGGCAAGCACUGGUUCGAUGGCCACCGCCAGAUCAAGGAUUUCAUCCAAACCCUCAUCCUCUACGGCGGCUACAAAGAAUUCGCCGACAUUCUUGUCAAUCUCACCUCCCUAGCUACCGAAAUGGGACGAUUAGUCUCCGAGGGCUACGUGCUCACUGUCCUCGCCCCAAACGAUGAAGCCAUGGCUAGGCUUACCGCCGAUCAACUCAGUGAGCCAGGUGCACCGGAGCAGAUCAUCUACUACCAUCUCAUCCCGGAGUACCAGACGGAAGAGAGCAUGUACAAUGCUGUCCGGCGGUUUGGAAAAGUGCGGUACGAUACGCUGCGUCUGCCGCACAAGAUCGUAGCGAGGGAAGCUGAUGGAUCGGUGAAGUUUGGGCAGGGAGAGGGAUCCGCUUAUCUGUUUGAUCCAGACAUCUACACUGAUGGGAGGAUCUCAGUUCAGGGAAUUGAUACGGUGCUGUUCCCACCCGAGGAUUCGCCCCUCCCGGCGGGAGCUGUAGCAAAGAAGCCUUCUGUGAAGGCUACCGAUACCAAGUUGAGGAGAGGAAAACUGCUGGAGCUGGGCUGCAAUGCGCUAGGUGUCUUCAUGGACCCGUCUCACUUCACCGCAUGCCAAUAAUGAGACGAUUUGCCCCCUUAUUCUUGGCGUAAUGACACGCGAGGUUUAUAUUGCAAAAAAGAAAAAAAAAAAGGUGUUGCUUUUUGUGUAUUUUCGAUUCAGACGGUUCGUACUGAAAUUGUGUAAAAAAAUGGUUUUUUGUUGGAAUUAUUCAUCUUUUUUCAAA